AUGGACGAUGGCACGGAGGGUGAGGACCAUCCACUUCUUCCGAGCCAGCGGCAGCGCGUGUGGCCGCGUCGGGCGUUUGGCUUCGCACUGCUCACAGCAACUCUGGCGGCCUGGAGGCCGGCAGCUCUGGAGCAGGCGGAGGCGGGGCAGCUUCCAGCUGCGAAGGUGGCCAACGUGAGCUUCAUUGCGCUACGGCAGACAGGGCUCUCUGGCUGUCCCUUCAGGUGUGGGGACUGGGUGCCCUGCCUUCCCGGGCUGAUAAAGCUGACAUCUACAACCACCAGCUCAUCUACAAGUACAACCACCUCCAGCAGCUCCUCAAGUACUAGCUCAUCGACCUCAUCUUCCAGCAGCAGUACAACCAGCAGCACCACAACCAGCAGCUCCACAACCAGCAGCUCAAGCUCCACCAGCACCACAACCAGCAGUACCACCAUCACGACCACAACGUCCACGCCAGGCAACACGUCAACUACUACUACUACAUCCACCACCUCCAGCUCAAGCAGUAGCUCUACAACCACCAGCACUUCAAGCUCAAGUACUACUUCAACUACGAGCUCCACAUCAACAUCGUCGUCGUCCUCCUCUUCGUCCUCCACGUCAUCCUCCACGUCGAGGACGUUUCCGACUGUGACAAGCACAAGUACGUCGUCCUCGUCAUCGACAACCUCAACGUCAAGCAGCACAUCAUCAAGCAGCACAUCAUCAAGCAGCACCUCAUCAAGCAGCACCUCAUCAACCACCUCAUCAACAACAAGUACCACCACUACGCCCUUCAUUUGUUCCGAUGGAUGUCAAAUCCCACUUCAUUGGCUUAACGAUCAGUUCUGUGACUGUUCUGACUGUGGGGACGAGCUGGCUUGGACCUGUGCCACCUGCGGAGCACAGCCAGAUGAUGCUCAGAAGAUCGGCAUCGCCGUGGGCACUUCAAUGACGGCGGCCAUAGGCAUAGCUCUAGGCGUCAGCCUCGGCCUCACCACAGCGCUCGCAGCCGUGUUCCUGGCGACAGGGUCCUUCACCCUCGCCGUGCCAGACGCAGAAGCGUUCCAGGAGAAUGAAGAGGCUGUGGCUGCCUUGAAGAGGACCGUCGCUCAAAUCGCGGGCCCCGAGCGCGACGAGGCGGAUGUCACCUUGAUCCUGCCCUGCGCGGAUGCGCAUCGUCGGCUGCGAAGGCGGCUGGACGACAGCCUGGGCGUGUGCUUCAAAAUCAAGGUGAAGGGCCAGGAGGCCUCCAGCAGCGUGUGCCAGCGCCUCACGGGCGUCGGCUCAUCCGCCGCUCAGCGGAUCCUCACCCAGGAGCUGUCCAGCGUGCCGAACACGGGCGGUGUACGGAUCAUCUCCUUCGAGGCAUCCCCCAACCCAGUGGCGAACAACCCCACGAUGAACUCCGGAGCCGACGACUUCUUCGUGAAGCAAGUUCCGGACAAGUCCCACUCUGAAGUGUGCAAGCGUUCGCUGCUCGCUUCCCUGCAGCGCCGGGUGUUGGCCACAAACCGCGCCAGCCACGGCAGCCAAGCGGCGAGUGGAGAGCGGCCCGAGCUGCCGGAAAGUGAGGUGGAUGUCCUGAGCCGCAUGACUCAGCAGGAGUUCCAGGAGCUGGUGGCAAAGCCCCCGCUGCUGGACGAAGGAGAUUUUCAAGCCAAGCUCCAUCUGCUGAGCAUGGAGCGUGUACCGCUGAGAUUCGAUGGCUUGGCCCAUGAGCAAUGGGUUCAAGUUCACAUUUAUAACCUCAGCGAGACUUUUGUUGGGCCCAACCAGAUGUUGACCUUCUCCGAGGGCCUCGCCAUUGGCGGCGCCUUCCAUGUGGGGGUGGAGGUCUAUGGAGCUGAGUGGUCCUAUGGGGUGUAUGGAGUCGCUUGCGACCCUCCGCGCUCUGAAACUGCGCACGUCUAUGAAUGCAGCGUCUACGUGGGGACGACAGCGAAGACUCGCCAGGAAGUAGCUGAAAUCCUUCAGGCGAUGUGCAGCCAGUGGCGUGGCCGAGACUAUGAUGUGCUCAGCCACAAUUGCUGCAGCUUUGGAAGGCGGUUCGUGGAGGAGCUGGGCGUAGGGCCGAUGCCUCUCUGGGUGGACCGCUUUGCGCGCACCUUGCAUGCUGGCCGAGAAGCGGGUCGAGAGGCGAUGGAGGCCAGCAGCCAAGCCGUGCAGCAGGCGGGCUAUGCCGUUGCGCUCUACGGGCAUCACGCAGGACAGGUCUUGCACAAGACCGUCAUGGAGGAUGUGCCGGUGUGGGUGGAAGUGGCGCGGCCCCAUGUGGAGCGUGCAGUGGUGGAGACCCAGGUCUUCCUGGUCAGCCAGGGGAACAAAGCAGGGCAAGCUAUCCACCGCGUGGUCAUGCACGAUGUGCCAGUCAUGGUGGAGACCGCCCGGCCCUACGUUGUGCAGGCGGGCGAGGCGGUGCAUCGGGCCGUGGCGGAAGAUGCGCCAAAGGCGGUGGAGGCGGCGAGGCCACACAUUGAGCAGGCGGUCACCACGGCCGUGCAAGCCACCCGAGAGGCCGUGACCAGCGCUCAGCAGACGCUCAGCGUGCACGCCCAGCUGGCCUCCGAGCAGCUCUCGGUGGCGUGGCAAAACAUGCCAGAGGUCUUUGGAUCUGCGUCCAGCUCCAGCCGCAGCAGCAGCUCCGACAUGGAGACCUUGGAGGCGCCGACCGCUGCGACCGCCACGCCUGCGCGGAUCGUGACGGGGCAAGAUAGGCCCCCCUUGCCGCUACCCGAGCGGCGGCAAUCUGUGCCUCCAUCGUCCCUGCUUGCGUCGCCGCGGGGUGUGCCGACCAUUCCAUUUGGGCACCAGGCUGCGACGCGAACGAGCGUCACGAGGCCGGCGCACCAGGCGCACCAGGCGCACCAGGUGCACCAGGUGCACCAGGUGCACCAGGUGCACCAGGUGCACCAGGUGCACCAGUUGCAACAAGCACAGGCGCACUGGCAACCACAUCCAGCUGUCAUGGGACAGGUGCCCCAUGGACUCGUACCCACGACAGCGAUGCCGCUCCGCAGAUAG